AUGGAGACGCCAGUCGCGCCGCUCUGGUACAUUGGCGUCUUUGUCGGUCAUUUUGCCAUGUAUGGCGCCGCGUACGGCAUCUCGCUGCUCAAGGCCAAGCUGCUCCCGUCGUACUGCCCCGUCUUGGAGAAGAACGCGCUUCCGAUUGUGGCCACGGUCCAAGGCAUGACGAUCGUCGCGCUCAUGUGGGUCCAGAUCACGAUUGCGUCCAUUGUUGCAGCCUCGUACCUCAGCACGGGGCUUGUCUUGCACCGCGCGCAUCAGCACGGUCUUGAAGCGGACGUUGCGACGCUGACGUUUACUUCGCGUGGGCGCUACUACCUGCAGCUCGCCUUGCGCCUUUUGGUGGUGACGCUCUUUUGUAUCAUUUUGGUCAUUGACGCGCAAGAGUAUGGCACGACGGCUUUGUCGUACUACACGAUCUGGAAUUUUGCGCUCCAGACCGUCUACCACGCCCUUGCCGCCGGCUUUCUCUUGAGUCAUUGGCGUGCGCGUGACGGCGCUUCGGUCGUUGUCAAGUCGCGUCCCCUCAACUCGCUCUUUGACAUUUGCUUGACCAACAGCCUCCUCGUUGCUGUGGUGUUUUGGACCGAGCUCUACUACCCGACAAUGCCGUGGUACAGCUAUGUUCAGCACGGUGUCAACACGGUGCUCUUUGUACUCGAGCUCUUUCUGGGCGACUUUGACGUGCAGUCGGAAGACUUCAAGUACGCGGGGAUGUCGCCCACGAUCUACACGACGUUCAUUUGGAUCAGCCACGACACGUGGCUGCACGG